GUCGGCACAGGGCUCUGAUCGGGUGCAAAUUUCAUUCUGCUGGUCACACACAGGAAAAAAAGCGACAAAAAAGGCGUUGAAAACUUUUUCAUUAUAUACGCUUUUAGUUACGGUGUGGAAUAUAAAAAAAAAACCUUUAAAUAUUUUAAUAAUUAAUAAAAACAACCAAAUAUAACUUCUAUACUAUAAAAUGGCUCCAACAGCAGGAACUGUACCACCACCAAUUUCUUGGGCCCAAAGAAGUGAUCUAUUAUACGUCAUUAUCGAUGUGGAAUGCAAGGAUAUUGAACAUAAUGUGACGGAAAAUAAUUUUACAUUCAAGGGUACCAAUGCUUUAGAUGCCACUAAAAAAUAUGAAGUCACAUUAAAUUUCCUAAAUCCUGUUAAUCCCGAAAAAGUCACAAGUAAAAAUAUUGGCAGAUGUAUUGAAUUUACUAUUUACAAAAAAGAAUCAGGUCCCUUCUGGAAAUCCUUAACCAAUGAUAAAACUAAAUUGCAUUUCCUUAAAGCCAAUUUCACCAAAUGGAAAAAUGAGUCCGAUGAUGAAGAAGACAAUGGCAGUUCAAAUUUCCUACUUAAUGACAUGCUCACUGGUUCUGGCAUGGAUAAUAGAUUUGAUGAUUUCAAUGUCGACGAUGAUGAUGAUUCAGAUGACAAUAUUCCAAGUCUAUCACAAAACGAUGACGAUGAUGAUGACAAAAAGGAUGAGGAAAAGAAAGAUCAAGAAAAAUAGUUUAACAAUUAUUUAGUGUUAAACUCUUUUUAAAAUAUUAAAUAAUUCUCUUAAUAUUAGCAUGAACAUUAAUUGCUUUUUAAACAAAAAAACAAACAACAAAAAAAUUUAUUUGUAAUAUUCUCUAAUGAAAAUAUUUAAAUUCAAGAAGAUAAAACAAAAUUACACAUUUACACCUUAAACAGAUAAUGUUGACUUCUGAAAAAGAAAAAAACUAAUAACAAUAUAUACCCCCCGUUGAUUAAGUAAUUAAUGGAGAAGAAAUUAACAAAUCUUAUACAAACAAAAUUAAAUAUAUUUAAAUUAUUCUUAAAUAUAUUUGAACUAUGCUUCAGCAUUAUUCUAUAUAAAGGAAAAAAAUUAAAACACUUUAUAUAAACAGAAAAAAAUUACAUUAAAAAAAGAACAAUCACAAAAUAAUAAUGUUGCAAUUAAUAGGUACGUUUAUGGGUUUUUUUUUAGUUUUCUUUUAAUUUUCCUUAAGAAAAAAAUUAAUACGAUAACAAAAAAAACAGGUUAAAUUGACAACAAAUACCAAAUUCUUAUUAAAUUUAUGUUUCCUGUACAUAAAGGAAGAUAAUCCGCAUACGAUUAAGAGUUAUUUGCAAAAUAAAAAUUUAAUUUUAUAAAUAUCAAAAAAAGAUGGAAAAUAUUAAAGAAAUGUA